GGGGCAGCGCGGGGGGCCGCGGCGAGACAGGUUCGGCGGGUGACGCGGUUGAUGGACCCAGCAGAAGCCAAAUGGAAGAAGGGCCAAUUAAUUAUGUGGAAGAAAGGCGGCUGAGCGAGGGCAGCGGGCUCAGCCUGGUGAAUGGGGGCCGGCCGGAGCCGGGGGGCACCGCGCUGAUGGAGCCCAGCGGGUGGUCGCCGGGCCAGCCGCCCGCCGCCGGCAAAGCCCACCUGGAAGACGUCCGGAACCUGGUGGCCUUCUCGGCGGUGGCCGAAGCCGUCUCGUCCUACCGGCUCCCACCGCCGGGCUCGCCGUCGCUGCUGUACGAGAAGUUCGACUCGGAGAUGAGCCGGGGCGGGCUGGGCGUGGCGGACGGCGUGCCCAGGGGCGAGGACCUGCACGCCCUCAAGGCCGCCCUGGCGCUGGCCAAGCACGGCGUGAAGCCCCCCAACUGCAACUGCGACGGCCCCGAGUGCCCCGACUACCUGGAAUGGCUGGAGCAGAAGAUCAAGACGGCUCUGGGCGAAGAACUGGCGUCCCCGCGGCCCCGCGCCGCUGCCAUCCCCCCUCCCACCCCACAGGAAGGUGCUAUCGACCCCCAGCCGGUGCCUGAGGCCGCCGAGCCGUGCCCGCCCGACGGCCUCCCCUUUUCCCAGAGCGCGCUGACCAUCGCCAAGGAGAAGAACAUCAGCCUGCAAACCGCCAUCGCCAUCGAGGCCCUCACGCAGCUCUCGGCCGCCCUGCCCCAGCCUGCGGGCGAUGGGCAGCCCCCGCCGCCGCCACCCCCGCCACCCCCUGCCACCCCCUUCGGCCCGGGCCCCCUCGCCCCGCCGGGGGCCGCGUGGCAGCGAGGGGACGAGCCCCGCUACCCGCCCGAGCCGGGGGCGGCACCUGAGCCAUUUUUCGGCGCGGCACCUCCCCGGGGCAACUUCUCAGCGCCGUGGGGGCUGGAGGCCGAGGGGGCGGCGGGGGCUGGAGACCCCAUGGCAGAGCUGGAGCAGCUGCUGGGCAACGCUGACGACUACAUCAAGGCGGCUUUCAAGAGACCCGAAGCGACCCCCGGCAAAGUGACGGCCCCCAAAACAGAGCCCCCCGAGCGAGCGGCCAGCAAGGAGGCACCGGGUGGCCCCCCGUUGCCGCCGACGCCACCCGAACCCGACCUGCACAAGAAGACACAGCUGGUCCUGCAGCAGCAUCUCCACCACAAGCGCAGCCUCUUCCUCGAACAAAACCUGGCGGCAGCAGCUCCCCCGGAGCGGCCAGGAGGAUGGUGGGCCCCUGGCACCCCGGCCGCGCCCCCCAAACCUUUCGAAAAGCAGCCCAAAGAGAAGAAGAAGAAAAUGCCGCCCGAGAAGCCUCCCCCGACCAAACCUCUCCGCAAGCAAGUGCAGAUCAAGAAGGCGAAGCAGAAGGACUCGCAGCCGCUCUUCCCACCCCUCUGGCAGAUCAGCCUGGAGGGGUUUCGGGCGCCCGCCGAACCCCCCGCCGAACCCCCCGCCGAGGAAAUGCAAACGGACCCGCCGCCGCCGCCAUCGGCCUUCCCGCACCAGCCUCUUGCACUACCCCAGCCCGCCGCAUGCCCCCCGCCACCCAACCCCCCCGGCGGCGUCCCCCCGGCUCCCGACUCUCAGGAAAGGGGUGCCCCAGGCGGGGGCCCCCAAAUUCACUCGGCGCCGGCGGGCUCGGAGGAAGCGCCGGCCGCCCCCGCGCCGGCCACCUCGGCUCCCAUCAUGGUGGAUGACAAGUUGGAAGAGCUCAUCCGACAAUUUGAAGCCGAAUUCGGGGAGAACUUCAACCUGCCGCCCCCCGAGACGCCCGCCCCGCUCGCCCCCGGGGCUGCCGAGGAGCCGGGGGGACCAGCACCAGCCCCGCAAGGGUCCCCCCAAAGCGCCGCCGCCGCCCCGCAAAUCGUGGAGAAGGACGAGGGGCCGUAUUACACCCACCUGGGCUCGGGGCCCACCGUGGCCUCCAUCAGGGAGCUCAUGGAAGAGCGGUACGGUGAGAAGGGCAAGGCCAUCCGCAUCGAGAAGGUCAUCUACACUGGGAAGGAGGGCAAGAGCUCCCGGGGCUGCCCCAUCGCCAAGUGGGUGAUCCGCAGACACAACCAGGAGGAGAAGCUGCUGUGCCUGGUGCGGCACCGGGCCGGGCACCACUGCCAGAACGCCGUCAUCAUCAUCCUCAUCCUGGCCUGGGAGGGCAUCCCCAGGACCCUGGGGGACACCCUGUACCAGGAGCUCACCGACACCCUCACCAAGUACGGCAACCCCACGAGCCGCCGCUGCGGCCUCAACGACGACCGGACCUGUGCCUGCCAAGGCAAAGACCCCAACACCUGUGGUGCUUCCUUCUCCUUCGGCUGCUCGUGGAGCAUGUACUUCAACGGCUGCAAAUAUGCCCGGAGCAAAACCCCCCGCAAGUUCAGGCUGGUGGGAGACAAUCCCAAAGAGGAAGAGCUGCUCCGGAGAAGCUUUCAGGACUUGGCCACCGAGGUUGCCCCACUCUACAAGAGGCUGGCGCCACAAGCCUACCAAAACCAGGUCACCAACGAGGACGUAGCGAUUGACUGCCGGCUUGGCCUGAAGGAGGGGAGGCCGUUCUCGGGGGUGACGGCUUGUAUGGAUUUCUGUGCCCACGCUCACAAGGACCAGCACAACCUCUACAACGGCUGCACGGUGGUCUGCACGCUGACCAAGGAAGACAAUCGCGUGGUGGGCAAAAUCCCCGAGGACGAGCAGCUGCACGUCCUGCCCCUCUACAAGAUGUCCAGCACGGAUGAGUUCGGCAGCGAGGAGAACCAAAACGCCAAGGUGGGCAGCGGGGCCAUCCAGGUGCUCACGUCCUUCCCCCGCGAGGUCCGCAAGCUGCCCGAGCCCGCCAAGUCCUGCCGGCAGAGGCAGCUGGAGGCCAGGAAAGCCGCUGCAGAGAAGAAGAAGCUGCAGAAGGAGAAGCUGAUGACGCCGGAGAAGAUCAAGCAGGAGGUGCUGGAGCUCCCCACGCUCCAGCCAAACGCAGGUAUGACCUUGAAAAGCGGGAUCCCCCCGCAGCCGCUGAAACCUUCCAUCAAGGUGGAACCCCAGAGCCAUUACAACGCCUUCAAGUACAACGGCAACGCGGUGGUGGAGAGCUAUUCGGUGCUGGGCAGCUGCCGGCCCUCCGACCCCUACAGCAUGAACAGUGUUUACUCUUACCAUUCCUACUAUGCACAGCCCAAUCUGCCUUCCGUGAACGGGUUUCACUCCAAGUUCGCGCUUCCCUCCUUCGGGUAUUACGGCUUUUCCAGCAACCACGUGUUCCCCUCGCAGUUCCUCAACUACGGGGCGCCCGAGCGGGGCGGGAGCAGCUGGGUGAGCAACGGCUACGAGAAGAAGCCCGACGUGUCGGUGCUGCAGGAGAACCUCAACCACACCUACGGGAACACCACCUUCCCCGAGCCCGUCCCGCACGGCGUGCGGAGCAAGAACCACCACCAGCGCACCUACGAGCGGGCCAACCGCUACGCCAGCCAGCAGAAAGCGGCGGCCGCCGGGGCGCACAGGACUAACCCGGGCUCGGAGGAGGCACCGUCCUUUGCACAGAACUGUUUCGGCAGCCGCCCCAUCAAGCAGGAGCCUCCGGACCCUCCAUCCGCCAUCGAGCCCCUUCCUGGCGCAGCAGCUGUGCCUGGUGCCGGCCUGACGCUGCCGGCCAUCCCCGCCCAUGGCGCGGCGCCGGAGCAGCGCUGGAGCCCCUUCAAGGCGCCGCGGGGCGUGUCUUCCCCCGAGAGGACUAACACGGCCGAGGGCUCGUGGGGUGCGCUGGCACCGGGCUCAGGCGGGCGGGAGAAGCUGAGCGCCUUCGACGCUGCCGCGCGCCUGCCGCCGCCGGAGAAGCAGUGGCCCAACGUCCUGGCGGCGGGAGAGCCGGCGGCAGCGCCGGCGCGCGGGUCGGGAGGAUUGCUGCCGAAGCUGUGGAGCCCCUGCAAGCUCGGGGAGGCGGCGCUGGCCGGCACGGGCACCUCCAGCCUGCUGGGCUCGCUGGGCUUCGGCUCGGCUCUGCCGGGGCUGCCCAGCUUCCCCGAGGAGCCGUGGGGCUCCGUGAAGGUGGAGGAGCGCAGGACACCGGCGCCCAGCCCGGGGCUGCCGGAGAAGCCGUGGGAGGCAGCGUUGGGCGAGAAGGGGGCGGCAGGGCCUCGCCGGGACAAGCCAUGGGACCCUUUUGGCCUGGAGGAGGAUCUGCCGGAGAAGGCGGUGAAGGAGGAGGAGGAAGAGGAGGAGGAGGAGGAGGAGGAAGAGGAGGAGGAGUGGUCGGACAGCGAGCACAACUUCCUGGACGAGAACAUCGGUGGCGUGGCCGUGGCGCCCGCCCACGGCUCCAUCCUCAUUGAGUGUGCCCGCCGCGAGCUCCACGCCACCACCCCGCUGAAGAAACCCAACCGCUGCCACCCCACCCGCAUCUCCCUCGUCUUCUACCAACACAAGAACUUGAACCAGCCCAACCACGGCCUGGCGCUGUGGGAGGCCAAGAUGAAGCAGCUGGCGGAGCGGGCGCGGGCCCGGCAGGAGGAGGCGGCGCGCCUGGGUCUGCCGCCGGACGCCAAAGCCUUCGCCAAGAAACGCAAGUGGGGCGGCGCGUUGGCGACCGAGGCGCCCAGCAAGGAGAGGAGGGACUCGGUCCCCACGCGGCAGGCGGUGGCCAUCCCCACCAACUCCGCCAUCACUGUGUCCUCCUACGCCUACACCAAGGUGACGGGCCCCUACAGCCGCUGGAUCUGAGACGGGCGCGACCGCCGCGGCCCCAUCUUACCUCAACCGUCGGCAGCGCCGGUGCCCGGCGUUGCUUCGUGGUGCUUUCUCCUCGGGCGUGGGGGAGAAGAAAAAAAAUAAAAAGAAAUUAAAGAGACAAAAGCGAAGCAAAACACAACAACCACACCACAAAAAAACAAAAAAAACCAUCCAACCCAUAGGAAGCGAACCCGACGCGUGGAGCCGGCGCGUGCGUGCGCCGUCAGAGAGCUGCGCCCGGCGAGGAGUUGGCAAACCAAGCAAAACUGGGU